CCUGCAGAACACGUGCGAGCAAUGUUUCGCAACCCUUUGUGGCAGGUUAAGUCUGUACUGGAUAUGAGACAUGCAGGACAUUAUAAGUCACAUGUUGUUGCUGGUAGGUCUAUAACUUAUGUGUAGAGCAAGCUUAUGAUGCCUCACAUUUUCAUGGCCGUGUGGAGAGGUAUCCGAUGGAUGACAAUCAUGUCCCUCCUCUCCAAAUGAUCAAAGAAUUCUGUGAAGAUGUGUACUCAUGGCUUUCAAAUGACCCUAAGAAUAUUGCUGUUAUACACUGCAUGGCAGGUAAAGGCCGAACUGGUUUAAUGGUUUGUUCGUACCUAGUUUACACUGGCAUGUCAGCUGAGGAGGCUCUUCGGUUGUAUGCUGAGAAACGAACAACUAACAAUGAAGAAGUAUCGAUUCCAAGCCAACGUAGGUAUGUCAGAUAUUGGGAGCACAUACUUUCCUUCUCAAAGGGUGUUCCUCGUGGUCCUCCUCCAACUGUCAAAUUGCCUAAGUCAUGUAAGAGAGAGCUGCGUCGCAUUAGAUUAUAUGACACUAUAAACGUUGAAUCCAUCUUCUUCGUGGUAUCCGAGUUGCAAAGAGUUCCAGGAGAGAAGUAUUGUCCACCUGCAGAAGUCUCAAAAAGUUGCUGCAGACGAAUUAAGAAUGGUAUUCAGCGAACUUAUAGUCCUCGAUAUUUUUAUUCCUUUGUUGAGGAAAAUGAAGAUGAGAUGAAACAAGAAAAGAAGGAACCUCGUUUGGUUGUCCAAAUGGACACUGAAAGUUCAAUGCUCUAUCAGAAAACCUGUCUGGAUCAUUUUUAUGACAAACCAGUGCAAGUCUGUGGAGAUGUACGUAUCAUAUUCUACGAAAAGCUCAUAGGAGGACGUCUCUUUUAUGCUUGCUUCAAUACUGCUUUUAUUAGGAAUGAUCUACUGCAGUUUUCGUUACGAGAGCUAGAUAAAGUUGGAAAAAAGGGUAGGUCCAUGACUGGUUCUUCAUUCUGCUUGGAGUUGUUCUUUGGUCCAGCAAAUGGAAAUUGUUUGCCAACACCUCCUUUACUUGAAGAUAAUCUUAGUGAUUAUUAAACUACUCCAUAUAUUAUCAAAACCCCUUAAAUAUAGUACAAUUUAUAGUGUUGUACAUUUUACAUUUCAAUUGUCUUGCCAUCUAUUUUUCAGGGGAUGGAAGACUAGGAAGAUUUCAAUAGUUUUGUUAAGUAGAACUUGAGGGAGUAGUUAUAAGAACAAAUGUUUCAUCUUAAAACUUGCAUGCCUAUCCUAGAGUCUAAUGGAAACAAAAUUCUCAGAAUUUGAAAAGGAUCUAGGUUUUUUGGUUGCAUUUAGUAUUAGACUUUGAGGGCUAAAUUGUAUUCUCUGUUUAGUCCUUACAAUAAACUUCAACAUUAUAGUUUA